AUCCUUCCACCGGUGUGAGUGUGUAGAGGCGUUGAGUGGGAGCACGUGCGGACUAGCCGCGAGAGGAGAGAGAGGGAUGGCAACAGAGUUAAGUGUGCGUGUGAUUGUGCCAGCCCUGAUGAUGGAGCUAAAGGACAACUGUGGCAGUGAAGGCAGUCGUGAGACAGAGAGUGGGGUUAUGGGUAGUCUUGGAGGUCCGUCUUCCUGGGGCUCAUUCACCCAGCGCAGCACGCUGCAUGGCCUGCGCUUUGUUUUCCCGCACGCUGCCUCUUCCCGCCGCUCUGCCCUGCGACGUCUGCUCUGGAGUGCUGCCCUGUUGGCCUGCCUGGUGCUACUUGUGCUAGAAAGUGCAGAGCGUGUAGCCUAUUUCCUUCAGUACCCCCAGGUCACCAGCGUGGACGCAGUUGUUUCUGGCAGCCUGGUAUUCCCUGCCAUAACAGUCUGCAACCUAAAUGCCUACCGCUUUACGCGACUGACCCGCAAUGACCUGUACCAUGCCGGAGAGCUGCUGGCGCUACUGGAUGUGCACCUACAGAUCCCUGAGCCACACCUGACUGAACCCCAUGUGCUGUCCUUCCUCACUGAGAAAGCCAACUUCAGCAACUUCCGACCCAAGCCCUUCAGCAUGCGUGAGUUCACUGAGCGGGUGGGUCAUGACCUUAAGGAGAUGAUGCUCUACUGCCGCUAUCAGGGCCAGGAGUGCAGCCACCGGGACUUCAAAACUGAACUAACUAACGUUACAGUGGUGAGAGGUGCUGUCUGAGGGGCUGAGGAAGAUGAGCAGUUAUGGGGUGGGGGGCUGCGCUGAAUGACUGAAAGCAGCUGACUUGCCCAGUGUUAUUUGGGGAAAACAGGGGGACCAGCGAUACAGGCUGACGUUCUUCCUGAACAAUGAAAAAUUCUGUAACUUGUGUAGAAGUUCAGAAAUAAAACGUUUUUUAAAGUAAA